AUGAGCAAGAAACAACAUCAAUCUACUUUAUCCAAACUUUUCACAAUUAAUUUCUUUAUGGGUUUACCCGUAGCUGUGAACUCUUAUCCAAUGUCAGAUUUUUUAUUUACAUGUGUCAACAGCGAUGCUCUGAAUUUUAAUCUGGCUCCUGUAACCGAAACUAAUUUCCUCAAUAUAAAUUAUCAAAAUCAUAAUAAUCCAGGAAACCUUCGCGACUCUUCAUCCAUCGGUUUCAAAAGUGCAUUUCAACCUAAUACCGACUACAGCAACGAUAUAGAAAUGGCAAUUCCACUUUCAUAA